AUGGCCGUGACAGUUGCUGAAACGCAGCCGGCCACUCCUGCGUUAUCAGCCGGCAUGGCCUCGUCUCACCAGCUCCACCAGCCCGGCAGCGCUCCCAAGCCUCUGCCGCCGACUCGCACGUUCAAACCCUCCGAUUUCACGCGGGUGCGGACUCUGGGAACAGGGACAUUUGCUCGAGUGUGCCUCGUCCGCCCUGCCAGCGCCACUGUGCCUCUGGAAGAGGACAAGAACGCAGAAGUCUAUGCUCUCAAAAUCCUCAAAAAGACAGAGGUCAUCAAGCUGAAACAAAUCGACCACGUGCGUCACGAAAGGGCAGUUCUUGCAGAUGUGGCAGGCCAUCCCUUCAUCACCAAUUUACAAGCUUCUUUUUCCGACAGAGAUCGUUUGUACCUGGUUCUCGACUAUGUCCCGGGCGGCGAGAUUUUCAGUUAUCUGCGCAAAUACCGCCGGUUCGAUGAGCAGGUUGCCCGUUUCUACGCCGCCGAGAUUGUUCUCGUGCUGGAGUAUUUGCACGAGAAGCAGGGCGGCGUCGCUUACCGAGACCUCAAGCCGGAAAACUUGCUGUUGGACAAGGACGGGCACAUCAAACUGGCCGAUUUUGGCUUUGCAAAAAGGCUAGGCUACAAAGAUGAUAGACCCGUCGAAACAUACACGUUAUGUGGGACGCCCGAAUAUCUUGCGCCUGAGGUCAUUCAUAACAAGGGCCACACGACAGCAGUGGACUGGUGGGCGCUAGGCAUCCUGAUAUACGAAUUCUUGACGGGCUACCCUCCUUUCUGGCACCAAAAUCCUAUUGAGAUUUACAAGCAGAUUGUUGAGAAACCCGUCGUCUUUCCCCAAGAACCACAAAUCUCAGACGAGGCCAAAGACAUAAUCAAGUCGUUUUGUACAAUCGACCGCUCCAGACGCCUCGGCAAUAUCAGCGGCGGGGCCGGCCGCGUCAAAGCCCACCCCUUUUUCCACGGAGUCAACUGGGAGGAUCUCCUCAGCCGCCGCCAGCCCGGCCCGAUUAUCCCUCCCAUUCGAUAUCCCGGCGACGCUCAGUGUUUCGACAUGUACCCCGAGGACGACGGCAAGGGCGAUGUUUACACGGCCGAGUUGGCCAACAAAUACGACCAAUAUUUUGAAGAUUUUUAA